CUCCUCCGCAUUGUUUUGUGUUUCAUUGGCUGUGCUCCUCAAGAGUAUGAGCUAUUCCCCUCGUCCGGCCGUGCUCCGCCUCCCUUCGGCCACCGUCUUCGCCCUCUUCUUCCUACCCCUUCUCCUUCCUUCCGCCCGAUCUCAGCUUAUCAACACCACAAUCAUCUCCAACAAGACCUACUCCACCUACACCUUCCGCUCCUUCUAUAGCGUCAACAACAACACCAAUCUCCUCCUCCUCAAGGACGCCGACCACAGCCAGGGUGCCCUCCAGCUCACCCCGGACAGCAGAAAUCAGAUAAGCUUCCUUCUCAACAAAUCCGGCCGCGUCUUCUUCACCACCCCUUUCCGACUUUGGGAAUAUCGGCUUUCCCCUUCCGACAACACCACCAAGUAUGUUGCCUCCUUCAACGCCUCCUUCAACAUCAACGUCUUCCGGUCCGAAGGCACCAUCCCCGGUGAAGGCCUCGCUUUCCUCAUAGCCUCGAUCCCGGAGGCGCCGCCGCCCGGGAGCGAGCACGGCUACCUCGGCCUCACCAACGCCACCCUGGAUGCCAACCCCGACAACCGCUUCGUGGCCGUCGAGUUUGACACCGUGAAGCAGGAGUACGACCCAAAUGAUAAUCACGUCGGCCUCGACAUCAACUCUGUCAACUCCACCGUCACGGCCAAUCUAAGCUUUCUAAUAGCCCCGGUAAAUGCCACCAUCUACACCGUAUGGGUGGACUACGACGGAGUCAGCCGCCACAUGUGGGUGCACAUGGCGAUCGUGGGCGACCCGAAGCCAUCCGCCGCGGUCCUCAGCUCCCCACUUGACCUCAGCGAUUACCUAACCCAGUACUCCUACUUCGGCUUCUCAGCGUCGACGGGAACGAACUACGAGCUCAACUGCGUGCUAUCCUGGAAUCUCACGGUGGAGAUGAUCCCCGAUGAUAAGAGUCGCAUGCCGACAUGGAAGCUGGCCGUGAUCGUCAGCAGCGGCGUGCUGGCCGUCAUGAUACUGCUUGCAGCGCUCUUGGUGGGGCUGUACGUGAGGAGGAGAAAGGUGGGGGACGGUCCGAGCGCGGUGGUACUAGGAAUGCUGAAAAGUCUUCCAGGGACGCCGAGGGAGUUCGAGUUCAAGGUGCUAAACAAGGCGACCAACAACUUCGACGAGAAGAUGAAGCUGGGGAAAGGGGGGUUCGGGGAGGUGUACAAAGGCAUGCUGCCGGGUGAAAACAAGGCGGUGGCGGUGAAGAAGUUCUCCAGGGCUAACAGCCGGCAGGACGACUUCCUCAAGGAGCUCACCAUCAUCAACCGCCUUCGCCACAAGCAUCUCGUCCCUCUUGUUGGAUGGUGCCACACAAGCGGGAUGCUGCUCCUCGUGUACGACUAUAUGCCGAACGGUAGCCUGGACCAGCACCUCUUCGAGGGACCAGACAUGCCAAUCUUGAACUGGGAGCGGCGGUACAACGUGAUCACCGGCGUCGCCUCCGCCCUCCAUUACCUCCACGACGAGUACGAGCAGAGGGUGGUGCACCGGGACCUCAAGGCCUCCAACAUCAUGCUCGACGCCAACUUCAACGCCCGCCUAGGUGACUUCGGCCUCGCUCGCGCCCUCGAAACCGACAGGACAUCCUACGCCGAGAUGGAGCUGGGCGGCGUCCCAGGCACGAUGGGGUACAUAGCCCCGGAGUGCUUCCACACCGGCAAGGCGACCUGUGAGUCCGACGUCUUCGGCUUCGGCGCCGUCGUGCUCGAGGUCGUGUGCGGCCGCCGCCCCCGUAGCGACAUCGCAGGCUUCAAGUUCCUCUCCGACUGGGUGUGGAAGCUCCACCGCGAGGGGCGCGUUCUCGAGUCCGUCGACCCCAGGCUGGAGGGGGACUACGUCCCGGCGGACGCCGAGCGGCUCCUCCUCCUGGGUCUGGCAUGCAGCCAUCCCAGUCCCGGGGAGCGGCCCAAGAUGCAGACAGUCGUCCAGAUCGUCUCCCGGGCAGUGGCGCCCCCGGCGGUUCCGCACUUCAAGCCGGCGUUCGUGUGGCCGUCGGGCCCCGUCGAGGAGGGCGACGCGGGGCCAUCAAGCCGGUUGACCAGCACCAGCUCCGCCGUGAUGUCCUCCUACUAUGCGUCGUCAGCCGAGGCGACGUCACAGUACCUCAGCCAGGAAGGACAAGUGGGGUCCAGAGACGCGUCCAUUUCCACGGUGUAACGCGAUAUCGAACGGUCAAAAAGUCAAGAUAUUAGAUGACUGGGGAAAUGGUGUAAAUGGCGAGAGUUGGUGAGGAGCAAAAUGACACGAUCACCUCUUAUCAUGCGUAGCUGGUAUUAUAAUCCUUCCCCCUCGUCGAGAUCGCGAAUGUGAAAGGGGGAACAGGGUGGGCCACGUGGAUUAGAGCGACGACUGUCGGGUCUUUUCUUUUCCUUCUUUUCUCCUUUUUUUUAUCUCACGUGGAUCCCAUCUUGGUCUGUCGUUUCCUUUUCGUUUCUUUGCACAUGGGAGCAUCGGAGCGGGCAUUAUUUGUCAGAGUGUGGUUGUUUACAGCUGGUUUGUAAGGAUCGUUGCUGUCAUUUGUGUUUGCAGCUCAUAAAGCAAUAAAUUAUAUCGUGAUUCUGCUUCUAA